AUGUUCUUAACUAGAGCAUUAGAGAAAAUUUUAUCGGAUAAAGAAAUCAAGAAAGCUCAUCAUUCUCAGUUGAAAAAAGCUUGUGAGGUGGCACUUGAGAGACCUGGUGUGGUGGCUGCUGAUAAAUACUUCUUACCAUUUGAACUAGCCUGUCAAUCAAAAUGUUCAAGGAUUGUAAAUACAGCCUUGGAUUGUUUACAGAAAUUGAUAGCAUACGGUCAUCUGACAGGAAAUGUACCAGAUACUACCACCCCUGGGAAGCGAUUAAUAGACAGGAUUGUAGAAACUAUAUGUGGUUGUUUUAAUGGUCCUCAAACAGAUGAAGGUGUUCAGCUACAGAUAAUAAAGGCAUUAUUAACUGUAGUGACAUCUAAUAAUUGUGAGAUACAUGAAGGUACUGUACUACAGACUGUUAGAACAUGUUAUAACAUCUAUCUAGCUAGUAAAAACUUAGUCAAUCAGACUACAGCUAAAGCUACACUGACUCAGAUGUUAAAUGUUAUCUUUAGUCGCAUGGAAGCACAAGCAGAAAAAAAUAAAGAGUCAGUUGAAAGGGAGAUAAGUAACAAUGAAAAUAGGGAGAGAUCUGGUAGUGAGAGUAAAGAUGAAGGAAUUGAUGGUGAACAGAAAGAUGCCUUCUUGGUGUUUAGAAGUUUAUGUAAAUUAUCAAUGAAACCAUUAGCUGAUGGUCCACCAGAUCCAAAAUCACAUGAAUUACGGUCCAAGAUUCUAUCAUUGCAACUAUUAUUAUCUAUAUUACAAAGUGCUGGACCAGUCUUUAAAACUAAUGAAAUGUUUAUUAACGCUAUCAAACAGUAUUUAUGUGUAGCACUUUCUAAAAAUGGCGUCAGUGCUGUACCUGAUGUAUUUGAAUUAUCACUAGCUAUUUUCUUGACUCUUCUGUCCAACUUUAAACAACAUUUAAAGAUGCAAAUAGAGGUAUUUUUUAAAGAGAUAUUUUUAUAUAUAUUAGAGACACCUAGUAGUUCAUUUGAACAUAAAUGGAUGGUUAUUCAAGCUUUAACUAGAAUUUGUGCUGAUGCUCAGUGUGUGGUUGAUAUUUAUUUAAAUUAUGACUGUGAUCUAGCUCUGGCUAAUAUAUUUGAAAGAUUGGUUAAUGAUUUAUCUAAAAUAGCUCAAGGAAGACAAGCUAUGGAACUAGGAGCUACACCUAAUCAAGAGAAGAGUAUGAGAAUAAAAGGUUUAGAAUGUUUAGUAUCUAUAUUAAAAUGUAUGAGUUGGAAAGAGAUGCGUACGUACAGGCUUUAG